AUGUCCAACCCGGUGGAGGCCUCUAUGGAGCGACCAAGAAAGAGACAAAAGACAAUUAACGGAGUCAAAUUCCCAAUGAAGAAUGGAAAUCUACAGGGACAGAAAAGUAAUGGUGUAUCGAACGGUCGGGCUAAUGCCAGUUCGGGCAAGCAAAACGCUCUGGCAAAAUCAAGAGAAGCAUUGCCCAUUUGGCCAG